CCACCGGCCGACUCCGACUCCAAGUCUCCAACUCCCACCGGCGGCGGCGGCGGCGGCGAGCCGAGUUCCCCAUCGCCAUCGGUGGCGGCAUCUCCGUGACCCCCUGCUCAAGUGGCGGCGGCGGAGCGUGCGGGGAAGGAGGAGGUGGAGGAUGGACUGGUCGAACCUUGGCGGGGAGGGGCCGGCCGGCCUCAUCGCCGAGCGCGUCCUCGCCAACGACGUCGCCGACUACAUCCGCUUCCGCGCCGUGUGCCGGCUGUGGCGGCUGCGCUCGGUGGAUCCCCUCUCCCGCGCCCUGGACUGCCGCUUCCUCCCCCGGCGGUGGAUCAUGCUCGACAAGGCGGCGCCCCCCCGCUGCCGCCGCUUCCUCUACCUCUCCACCGGCGAGUGCAUCCGUACGGAUCUCCCGGAGCUCGAGAGCCACACCCUGGUCGCGCUCGCCCCGGAGGGCCUCCUGCUGCUGCUCCACCAGCGCACCCUCCUCCUCCGCCUGCUCAACCCCCUCACCCGCCACCUCACCGACCUCCCGCCGGUCACCGCGCUGCUCACGCCGGAGCAACUGCGAUCUUGGCAUUCGGAUGGGGGGUUAGAAGACGAUCCGCUAUUGGCGCGUGGCGUCGGUCUUGCAUCCGCAACCACAGUGGCUCUCUUCCUCUGCCGCCCCAAGUUGAUCGCCGUCGCUAAACCCGGCGAUGAGUGCUGGGCCGUCGUCGUCGCCGACAAGAACCGCCCCUACAUUGACUCGGCUUUGCCCUUCGCAGGGCGCUUCUACUGCGCCAUCGGCGGCAGUGUCAUGGUGCUGGACAGCUCUCCUUCUUCAGAUCAGAUCAUAGAGGGCGGCCGCGGCUGGUCACCACCGCUCAGCCGAGCAAGCCCUUGCAUUUCUCCCGGAUGUCAGGAACUAUUCACCUUGUGGACAAUGGUGGGGAGUUUGAUGCUGGUGUACCGUAAGAUCCGCCAGAGCAAUGUUGAUGAUGAAUCGCGGCAAGGUGCUGCGAAAUACGAGAUGAAGUAUGAUGUUUACAGGGUGGAUUUCGACGCCGGGGACUUGAUCCCGGUCAAGGGGUUGGGCGGGCGAGCUGUGUUCUUGGGCCUGUGCCGCUCCGUCACUCUACUACCUGCAGAGGCUCGCAGCUGACACUCUCUACCUGGGAUUCGAUUGUCGUGAAAAGACUCAGAUGAACGAAAUCGACGGUUACAAUGUUGCAGAUGGGAGUAGCGAGCCAUGCCACCUCGACUCCAUCUUCCGUGAGAUGUCGCAGCAGGACGGUUACAGUGUUGCAGAUGGAAGCAGCGAGCCAUGCCACCUCGACUGCAUCUUUCUUCAGAUGUUGCAGCAGCCAUACAGCUUCGUCAACUGCCUCUCCCACUGCAUCCAGGGAAUAGGCGAUCAUCUUGCCUAAGCUCGCGGAUCAUCCGGUGGUCGUUCGGUGGCAAUCUGAACCUUGCAUCCUUUGCUUUGGCAUCACUUGUAUCGUUGUUCCUUGCGAUGAAACAGCAUCUGUACCCCCCAAGUAAUUAAUUUAUGAAGAUGUGCUUACGCGCUUAUUUAUAUUUGCCAUCUCA